GCUCCUUGACAUUGGAUAUCCCCUCCUUGUAAAAUGUUACCCCCCCGGGCUCUCUCUAGCGUUGCGCAGGGCGCACUCAGACGUGCUCAGCCUUUCCGAACGUAUGCUUCGGCUUCGCCCACGGCUGCUUUUGCUGGACAGAAGGGCAGCAAUGGAAAAUACACUGUCACGUUGAUUCCUGGCGACGGUAUUGGACCGGAAAUUAGCCAGUCGGUCAAGGACAUCUACAGUGCUGCAGGCGUCCCUAUUCAAUGGGAGGAGGUCGACGUCACGCCAGUCCUGAAAGGUGGAAAGACCGUGAUUCCUGACCCUGCAAUUCACUCCGUGAGGAAGAACACGGUGGCUUUGAAGGGUCCCCUGGCGACGCCGAUUGGCAAGGGUCACGUCUCCCUGAACUUGACCUUGCGACGAACGUUCAACUUAUUCGCUAACGUGCGUCCUUGCGUGUCCAUCAAGGGCUUCAAGACAGCCUACGAUGAUGUCAACACUGUCUUGAUUCGGGAGAACACUGAGGGAGAGUAUUCCGGUAUCGAGCACGAGGUUGUGGACGGAGUCGUCCAGUCCAUCAAGCUCAUCACGUGGGACGCGUCUGAGCGUGUUGCCAGAUACGCGUUCCAUUAUGCUCAGACCCAGGGCCGGUCUCGAGUGACUGCCGUGCACAAGGCAAACAUCAUGAAAAUGUCGGACGGCAUGUUCCUGUCGGCUUGCCGGGAGGUCGCAAAGGAGUUCCCGAACAUCAAGUAUGAUGAGGACCUAUUAGACCGAGUUUGUCUCCAGAUUGUCCAAAAUCCUCGGCCCUACUCCGACCGUGUCAUGGUGAUGCCGAACUUGUACGGUGACAUCUUGUCCGAUAUGUGUGCAGGUCUCAUUGGAGGACUUGGUCUAACACCGUCCGGCAACAUCGGUCGCGACGCUUCUAUUUUCGAAGCUGUUCACGGUUCCGCGCCGGAUAUCGCAGGCAAGGGAUUGGCUAACCCGACUGCGCUGCUGUUAUCCUCCUUGAUGAUGCUGAGACAUAUGAACCUAAAUGAACACGCGGAGAAGAUCGAAAAAGCGACACUCACGACCAUCGCUGAGGGGAAGCACAUCACCGGUGACCUGGGAGGGAAGGCGUCUACGAAGGAGUAUACCUCUGCUAUUAUUGAGAAGUUGUAACCGUGACUAUUUGCAGAGAUGUCAUGGCAUGCUGCUACAUUAUAGCACGCGUUGGACACUCCAAUAGAUCUUAAUUUAUAAACGGCGUAUCCAUGAUAGCUGAUUCUGCACGCCAGCAUAUACAGAGGUUGUCGUCUGCGCUGCCAGACUGCGAUCCGAGAGCAGGAACGAG